CCGCAAGGAAUGAUAUCCACGUGCUAACCCAUGCCAAACGUGUUCAUACAAAUCCUUCAUUCCGUAUUUUCAACGAACAAUUAGUUAAUAAUAAAAUUGAUUAUAUUAAUAUACAAAAUUAGUUAAACUAACCAAACAAAUUCGAGUUAAUUAAGAAUGUUUUUUUAAAAGAAUGUGAAUGGUGUGUCUUCAUCUACACGCAAUGAAGAAGACAAACAGCAGAAAUGGAUGACAUGAAAAGGCCAAUCGAUUGGAUUAUUUAUUUCUUCCUUUUCAUUGGAGGGACGAUUGGUUUGAAGGACUUAAAAAUCACAGUACCUUCAAUGGUUCGAUCAGGAGACUCCGUAUCUAUGACCUGUAAUUUCGACCUAGAAGGAAAAAUAUUAUAUACAGUCAAGUGGUAUCUUGAUGAGGCAGAAUUUUAUCGUUUCACACCGAAAAGAGAACCUCCGGGUCUCGUUCUUCCUGUGCGGAAUUUAAAAAUAAAUCUUGUCGUAUCCAACAUGAACGAGGUGGUGCUACUCAACGUAACACGAAACCAGUCUGGAAUGUACAAAUGUGAAGCUUCAGAAGAGCUUCCACUACUGGAAACCAGAGCACAACAAGCGUCAAUGAUGGUGGUUGAUGUCCCAGAAGAGGACCCCAUUAUCGUGACUGAGCGACACCGACUACUGGUGGGAGAGACACUUCGAGCGACCUGUACAUCGGGUGCAUCUUUUCCUCUUCCCAACAUUGCAUGGACAAUCAACGAGGAACCCAUUAGCAGUCUAACUAAGCAUGCGAAAGUUCGAUUUCGAAAUAUUACGAUUGACCAAGAAAGUAUAGGUCAAUCGCGUCUUGAACUUAAAAUUCUCCAUCGUUUCUUUCAAAACAAUAAAAUAAAACUGCGUUGCUUUGUGAAUAUUCAUCCAAUCUAUCAUGCGUCGAUGGAAAUUGAAAUUCUGGAAGAUGAACCGCACCUAGCUUCCAUCACUGGAGAUGCUUCCCACCACAGACAUCGAACGAACGGAAGCCGACAAAUUACGUUAUCUCAGUACCUUCAAGUCUCGACGAUAAUUUCUGUAAUAAUCCUAACCACUACAAGAAUGAGAUAGCUACAAGAAUUUUUUUAUUUCUGCGGUAUAAUCCAUAAAAAUGUCCAUAAUUAAAAUUACCUAGUAGUAUAGGGCUUCCACGUUAUAAAAAUUAAAAGUAGUUGCUUAAGUUUUAUUUCAUGUAUUAUAAAUCCCUAAGAGAAUAUUAUUGUACCUUUACUUUUGAAUAUGUUAACUUUGGAUGUACAUUCUUAAUAAAAUGAGUUGAUGCGUUA